AAAAACCAAAAAGAUUUUAAAAAAAAAAAAAAAAAAGAAGAAGAAAAUAAAAAAUAUCUUUGCUUUUUUCUAUUGCUUCUUCCUCCUUACAAUGAUGUGUACGCUUCACCUCUAAGUUUUUGACCAAAAAAGCUUCGUCCUUUCUCUCCUAAAACGGAAUAUACCCAAUCACCCAGAAUACGUUUCAACUGGUUAUUGAUUCACUCUUCAUCAUAUCUCCGUCUGUCUUCGUGAUGAAUUGUCAAUGGAGAUGAUGAGUUCUUCUUCUUCUUCUACUACACAAGUUGUAUCGUUCAGGGAGAUGGGGAUGUAUGAACCGUUCCAACAGUUGUCUGGUUGGGAAAAUACUUUCAACAAUAUUACUAGUAAUCAGAAUAACAACAAUAAUCCGAGUUCUUCUACCAUUCUUGAGGUGGAUACUGCUAGAGCAGAAGCAGAUGAUAACAAUAAGAAUUACACGCAGGCGAAUUAUACAUCUUUGUAUAAUAACUCUGUUGAAGCAGAACCUUCUAGUAAUAAUGAUCAGGACGAAGAUCAAAUGAAUGAUAAGAUGAAACGGAGAUUGGCUCAGAACCGAGAAGCUGCUCGCAAAAGUCGUUUGAGAAAGAAGGCACAUGUCCAGCAGUUAGAAGAAAGCAGGUUAAAGUUAUCACAGCUCGAGCAGGAACUUGCAAGAGCUAGGCAGCAGGGACUAUGCGUACGCACUUCAUCAGAUACUAGCUACCUUGGACCAGCUGGGACCAUGAACACAGGAAUUGCUGCAUUUGAGAUGGAAUACACACACUGGCUAGAAGAACAAAACAAGAGAGUGAGUGAGAUUAGAACAGCUCUCCAAGCACAUAUCAGCGACAUUGAGCUCAAAAUGCUUGUUGACAUUUGCUUAAACCACUACGCUAAUCUCUUCCGCAUGAAAGCUGAUGCUGCAAAGGCUGAUGUCUUCUUCUUGAUAUCUGGAAUGUGGAGAACUUCCACUGAACGUUUCUUCCAGUGGAUUGGAGGUUUCCGCCCUUCCGAGCUGUUAAAUGUUGUGAUGCCAUACAUUGAGCCGUUGACAGAUCAGCAGCUCCUGGAGGUGAGAAACCUACAACAGUCGUCUCAGCAAGCAGAGGAAGCUCUUUCUCAAGGCUUAGAUAAACUUCAGCAGGGUUUGGUGGAAAACAUAGCUGUUGACAUAAGAGUUGUUGAGUCUGUGAGUCACGGAGCUCAAAUGGCUUCAGCCAUGGAGAAUCUUCAAGCAUUGGAGGGUUUUGUGAAUCAGGCGGAUCAUUUGAGAAAGCAGACACUGCAGCAAAUGAGUAAGAUCUUGACGACAAGACAGGCUGCUAGAGGGUUGCUCGCAUUAGGAGAGUACUUCCACAGGCUUCGUGCCCUGAGUUCUCUUUGGGCAGCUCGUCCACGAGAACGCACAUAACAAGUUUUUAGGAGUCAAAACAAAGAGCACAAGGAAGAUCUUGGAUGAUGUUAGCUAGGGACUUGUUUAUCUAUCUGUGAGUGAAAGUGUAUGGAGAUGUAAAGUGAUUUGAUUCUCUAGAACAUCAUCUUUUCCUCAUUGAUGUUUUUUUUUUGGUUUUGCUAUAUGAAUAAAAGAAGAUGUAAAUUUGAGUGGAAAACAUUUGAAGAUGUUAAUAUUUGUAUAAUGUAAACCCUCAAGUCUGCUACAUAUUUUUACCUAUAUGUGCC